UGUGAGUUGCAGAGGAGAAGGAAGACUUAGCUGCCUGCUGCUUGUGUACGUCAUUGUCAGUCAAGUUGGAGAGUGCGUGUGUUUAGCAUUGUUGUCGAUUCAGUUAAGCAGUGAAGUGGAUCAAUGAGACUGAGCAACAUGUGGGCUGCACGUCCACAAAAAGAGCAGGCCUGCCCUGCUCUUUGGGCUAACUGCUGAGCAUGCUGGGUAAGGCUCAGCCAACGACCAGUAGCCUCAACCUGGUGAACGCUGAAGUUUCUGACACCUCGGCGGCGCCCGACGAGCCAGAUCAUAUGAAGAUGGCCGACCUAGUGGAGAGCCUGGAUACCAGAGAGCUGGACAUGGGAGAGGGAGAGGAGAUCGACUAUGAUGGGAGCUCCUUAGGAGACACUCGUAUCCCGUUUUCAGCCGUGUACGCCACUGUGGGCUUUAAGGAGGGCAGCGCCACGGUCUACCUCCCCACCGUGCCCAUCACCGCCCGCAUCCUGGAGGUGGAGAGAUUUACCACGGCGCAAGACCGCUUCAACCUGUCGCACAACAGGAGUGUCAACAAGUCUCUGCCAGCAGUGUUUAGGAUCGAGCUGAAGCACGGAGAGUUCACUUGGAUUAUUAAGAGGAAAGAGAAACAUUUCAUGGAGCUGCACAGAGAGCUGAGGACGUACAAGACCUUCAUUAGGAUACCUCUGCCUUCACGCAGCCACACAGUGAGGAGAAGGACAGUGAGGAAGAGUGAGGUGAGGGAGAUGCCCUCCCUGCCGAGGGGGGGAGGAGACGAGCUGGUGCGAGAGGAGCAGGUCUCCAGCAGGAGGAGACAAUUAGAGGACUAUUUGAACAAGCUGCUGAGGAUGGCCAUGUACCGCAAAUAUCACCACACUAUGGAGUUCAUUGACAUCAGCCAGCUGUCUUUCAUUCAUGACUUGGGACCCAAAGGACUGGAGGGGAUGAUCUAUAAGCGCUCAGGCGGACAUCGUAUCCCUGGCAUGAACUGCUGUGGUCACACCCAGGCCUGUUAUCGCUGGUCCAAACGCUGGCUGGUGGUGAAGGACUCCUGCCUGCUGUACAUGAAACCGGUCGGGGCCAUCUCCUUCGUCCUGCUGUUGGACAAAGAGUUCAGCAUCAAGAUGGACUCCAAAGAAACAGAGACCAAACACGGAGUCCGGAUCGAUAGCCUCUCCAGGACCCUGGUGUUUAAGUGCAGCAGCUACAGACACGCACGCUGGUGGGGUCAGAGCAUCGAAAGCUUCGUCAGGGAGUACGGGAAGGCGUUUCUUCGAGAUCACCGCUUUGGAUCUUUUGCACAAGAACAGGAAAACAUCCCGGCAAAAUGGUAUGUGAAUGGAAAAACAUACAUGGAGGACGUGGCUGAUGCUUUGGAGGAGGCUAAGGAGGAAAUCUUCAUCACCGACUGGUGGCUGAGUCCAGAGAUCUUCCUGAAGAGACCUGUUGUCGAGGGGAACAGGUGGAGGCUGGACUGUACCCUCAAACGCAAAGCUCAACAGGGAGUUCGCAUCUUUGUGAUGUUGUACAAAGAGGUGGAGCUCGCCCUCGGCAUCAACUCAGGCUACAGCAAGAGGACCCUCUCCCACCUGCACCCAAACAUCAAGGUGAUGCGACACCCAGACCACGUCUCCUCCUCCGUCUAUCUGUGGGCGCAUCACGAAAAGAUUGUCAUCAUCGACCAAUCAGUCGCCUUCGUGGGUGGGAUCGACCUCGCGUACGGUCGCUGGGACGACAGAGAGCACAGGCUGACGGAUGUCGGCAGUGUGACGCGCUCUGUUGCCCUGGAGCAGGCCGGCUCCGCUAACCCUCCGUCCAGUAAGGGUGUUUCCUUUGUCGACGGGAUAUCUGACGACGUCUCUAAGAGCAACGGACGGGAGACGCCGCCCGGUGAAGCGGUGGAACUGCCAAAGCUGAAGGGGAUUGGACGCAACAGGAGAGCUCGCUUCAGUCUGUACAGACACCUGCACAAACACACUCUGCAGCACGCCGACAGUGUCAGCAGUGUGGACAGCACGGGGAGUGGUUCAGUGCGAAGCCUCAAGACAGGUGUUGGAGAGUUACAGGGCAACACGCGCUUCUGGCAUGGAAAAGAUUACUGCAACUUUGUGUACAAGGACUGGAUCCAGCUGGAGAAACCUUUUGAUGACUUCAUCGACAGGUACACAACACCCAGAAUGCCUUGGCACGACAUCGCCUCAGUGGUUCAUGGUAGAGCUGCUCGCGAUGUGGCCAGACACUUCAUUCAACGCUGGAACUUUACUAAGAUCAUGAAGCCGAAGUAUCGCUCCCUGUCUUAUCCAUUCCUGCUGCCCAAGUCUCACUCCAGUGCCCAGGAGCUCAGAUACCAGGUCCCUGACUCCGUCAAUGCCAAAGUGCAGGUGUUACGGUCAGCGGCAGAUUGGUCUGCGGGCAUAAAGUACCACGAAGAGUCCAUCCAUAACGCCUACAUCCAGGUCAUCGUUAAGAGCAAGCACUACAUCUACAUCGAGAACCAGUUCUUCAUCAGCUGUGCCGACAACCGGACGGUCUUCAACAGGAUCGGAGACGCCAUCAUCGAAAGGAUCCUGAGAGCAUACAAGGAGGGGAAGAAGUACCGUGUGUACGUGGUCACCCCUCUGCUUCCUGGAUUCGAGGGAGACAUCACGACAGGAGGAGGAAACGCCAUCCAGGCGGUCAUGCACUUCAACUACAGAACAAUGAUCAGAGGGGAAGUCUCCAUCAUCUCCCAGCUGAAAAAAGAGAUGGACGACCACUGGAUGAACUACAUCUCCUUCUCCGGUAUGCGGACUCACGCUGAGCUGGAGGGACGUCUGGUCACGGAGCUCAUCUACAUCCACAGCAAGAUGCUCAUCGCUGACGACAACACGGUCAUCAUCGGUUCUGCUAAUAUCAACGAUAGAAGCAUGCUGGGAAAACGCGACAGCGAGGUGGCAGUGAUUAUUGAAGACUCCGAGAAGGUUCCUUCUGUGAUGGAUGGGCAGGAGUAUGAAGCUGGACCGUACGCACUCCAGCUUCGCCUUGAAUGCUUCAGGACUGUCCUCGGAGGCCACAACGACUCCAGUAUCGACCUGUCCGAUCCGAUCAGUGAACGCUUCUAUAAGGAGGUGUGGAUGACCACGGCUGGACGCAACGCCACCAUCUACGAGAAGGUAUUCCGCUGCCUUCCAUCGUCCCUGGUGAGGAACAUGUCCGAGCUGGAACAAUACCAGUCCAAACCAGGUUUGGCCCAGACAGACCUGACCCGCGCUCAAGAGGAGCUGCGCAAAAUCCGAGGCUUCCUGGUCCAGUUUCCUCUCGACUUCUUGUCUGAGCAAAACCUCAUGCCUUCUGUCGGAACCAAGGAGGCCAUGGUCCCGACGGAGAUCUGGACGUAACUUUUCAGCAACUUGAUCGAAGUAUCCGGAUUGUUGUUGUUCUCCCUUUGGUACUUGUGGAUUUGCAAGAGGUUGCCAGAGAAGAGAAGGAGUUCAAAAUGUCUCCUUUGGAUUUAUUCGACUGCUGGACACUGCCAAAUCUCUCAAAUCUGUUUCCACUGAAAGCACUAAAGAGUAGUUGCAACCUUUGUUCCAGAGAAGCACUAAGUUUCAGGAUGUAUGUAGAACAAAAAGACGCCACAUUUGAGGACAAUAUUCUUGACUGCGUUGUGACUGAUGUCGGGAUGAAUUUAGGGUUUUGGGGAAUCAAACUUGCUCUGGACGCCCGAGACAGCGAGGAUUUCUAAGGGACCAGGGUGAGGCUGUUGUAAAAAAAAAAAAAAAAAAUGACAAUGACUCUAACAGAUAUUUGCCUCUUGGUUGUAAUGAUCCCAAAAUACACAGAGAUGGUGAUGCAUGUGUUUUCUGAUAUGUGCUCGUAAGGUGCAGUAGUGCCAUGUUGGCUGUUUUUGAGUUGUUAGGCUGCUUUUGAACAAAACUGAGUAUUGUUUUCUGUAAGACAAAUCAAAACGUGACAGGAAUGAAAACCAUGAAACAUUUUGACUAAAUGAACAGCAGUGCAUGAAGUUCUAACUGUGCUUAAAUCUAGUUUACAUGUUUGAAAGGAUGCAUGUAUCCUAUCACAGCUGUGGAAAUACCCUCAAAAGACAUUGUCCUGAUCUAAAAAUAAUUGACAUGACCUUUUACCCGUCUAGAAUGACUCAGUUAUAUCAUUCUGCAUUCAGAAGGGUUGGGAGUAAUGUAUAUCGACUGAGGGUGCAUAAUAAAGGCUACAGCACACAGGAGUGGAUUAGACAAUCAGCCCAGAAAUUCAAAGGUGUCAUUUCCACUUUGCUCAGCAGAGGGCGCUAAUGUCUCACACACAGCGUUUUUUUUGCGCAGACAUGCAGGACAGGCCUUUCAGCUCUCGAGACUUCUGUGUACCUACAGCUUGUUUAAAGUGCAGAAAUUGAGUCUGAAUAUAAACAAUAAUACUUCCUUUAGCAUGUGACUGAUGCCAGAGUCAGGGCUUUGAUUGGACGAGACUGUUUGAAACCUCUCGUUUGCGGCUUUUGCUGUCCGGUUAUCUCGAUGGAGCGUUUUACUCUGAGCGAUGAUAAGAUUCUCUCUUCUGAAAGCAUUUCUUUGUUGUUGUUGUUGUUGUUGUUUUUUUUUGGAAUGUACCAGCCUUUGUAUGUAAAGAGUUAAUUAAGCUGUUUCUAUGGACUCUUAUGGGUUUAUAACCUAUGAGGCAAUUAUCAUAUGUAUGUCUGAAUGUAUGGACUCUUGUCUCGCCUGAUUUGACUUCAUUUUUUUUUUUCCCAGAAUAAUGUUUGAUCAAAAGCCUUUGUGAAGUUUAAGCACAACUCCUGUAGAAUCCAGACAUCAACAACCAACAUGUCAUUUGUUGCUGUACUGUAACUGGUUAAUUUGUGUCACCAUGGGUAUAAAACACAAACAAACAAACAAGCCGCCAGAAGGAGGAUGUUUUUAAUAAGCUCAGAAGAGAUUCCAUUCCCAGGUGUAUCUGCUGGCUUUUCUCCAAAGUAUGUGAACACUAUAUGCAUUACAUGUGAGAAUGAAAUGUUGUUGUUUAAAAGGGACCAGAAAAAUGUAACUAUGUCUGAUGAAGUAAUAAUGUGUGGAAGCACUAUGCUCUUUGUUCACAUUUUAGCAGUGAGGCAUUUCAAAUUGAGUUUGUUUUUGACAAUUUCUUCUGUUGUGUUUACUUCUUUUUUGUCACUUCAUCAUUUGUUUGGAAUCAUUUUCCAUUCUUGACACAUGUAUUUUGUAAAUGCACGGCAUGGUUGUAUAGAGUUCAGACUAAAAACUCUUGUUUAUUUAAGCGAACCUUCAUGUGUUCCCCUGAGCCUCACUUUAACUUUUGAUGUAAAAAAGAAAAUCCUCUUUAUACAGAUAGACGUUUUUUAAAAUGUGUCUGUUCAUCAAACGAGAUGUUACUUAUCAUUUGAAUGGCUUCAAAUAAAAAAGAAAAACGUUCAA